AUGGACAUCUGUUUUAGUGUAGAAGAGCGUGUGGAAAUAUUAGAAAAAGAUCUCGAGAAUCUUCAGAACGAGUUUUAUGAGUACAAAAAGAGUGUUGAAACACAAGAGAAAGAAAGGAACAAACAGCGACUGCUAAGGAAGUUAUCAAAGAAACAACAUAUACUGAGAAGACUCACUUUUGCACCAGAAGUUGAUGAGUUGUUGUUUGACGGAUAUGAAAUCCAAAGUCUCAAUUUUGUGACAGAAUUGGGUACACAGUAUAACGGCGUUAUUCAAGGCGAUUUGAAGUCGAAAUUUGUGUAUUUAGUUCACUCAGAACAUCCAAUUAUUAAGCGGAUUUGGAAACAAUUUAUCAGUGACAAGAAUGGCAUCAUAACUCAAGUUGGAGACGUGUUCUAUUUUGAGGCAAAAAUGACGGGGAAGGCCGCCGUUGCAUGUGUUGGGAUGUGUCAAGUGCCAACACAAAAUGUCCACCUUGGCACUGAAGAGCACUCGAUUGGAUAUCACUCCUCAAGUGGAUGUGUCUUAUCACAGAAAAAUGGCACUCAACACAACACGACGAAUUAUCAUGAAGGCGAUGUCAUUGGGUGUUGUUACAAUUUCAAUGCGGAUGAACUCUUUUUCACGAAGAAUGGGACGAAAUUGCUGUCGUACAAUUACAAUGCCAAAAAGGACUUUUUUCCAUCGAUAUCCAUUGAGUCAUUUGAGAAGCUUGAAAUCAAUUGGGGACAACAUCCAUUUGUUUUUGACAUUGCUUCCUUUGUGGAAGACCAAAAGGUGCAGCACACGUACACUGUCAAAGUCAAUUUUGUGAACGACUGUUCCUUGAACUUCGACUUCACUGCAACAUUCUCUGUCAAUCUGCCACCAUUUUGCACUGAAAAUUUACUCCGGAAAUUUGUUGUGAAAGGACUGAACAAGUGGAUCCAAACUGGAAAGUGUAGCUUCCCAAAGUACCAUUUCUCUGUGUGGAAAAUCGACCAGUUCUCCAGAGAUCCAUUUGUCGAGCCAUUCAGUUUGCAACAUAUUGCAAAAGUGGACGCAAUCAAGAGUGACACGGGAGAUAUCACCUAUGUUGUACAUAUCAGAUACAGUUACUUCCCUGGGAUGACAAAGAAGAGGAGUGGUCCCUCUAUGUUUGAGCCUCCCAAAAGCUUGGUAAGCCACAUUUAA